GUACACUCUUUGACCAAAUCAAAAAAGACGCCAGUGUAAUAAUAUUUUUUUCGUAAAAAACACAAAAUUUAUAUUAAAUUUUCUGCUUUAAAAAAAAAGUAAACAAAAUUACCCAAACACUCCAUUUAUCCAUUAAAAAAAUGAGCUUUUCUGGUGAAUCGUCUGAUUCCGAAUGUCCUCCAUACGACACUUCGUCGGAUUCUAGGAAAGCUACAAAAAUAAAAACCGAGCAAAUUAUAAAAAGCGAGAAAAAAUACUACCAACAGCGUUUCGUUGAAGGUUGGUUAGAACGAUUUAAACCAUGGCUAUCGCGAGACACCAUCGAUCCGAAUAAACCAUUCUGUCGAGCUUGCAACUGCCGCUUAAAUUGCAAUAAGUGUCAUCUGCAGAGGCACGAAAAAACAACCAAGCACAAUUCCAAUUUGGAGGCAUACAUGAGUGCCAAUGGAAUGGUUUCAUUUAAACAGAAUGUCGGUCAGAGGAAGGAACGUCGAAAGGUGAUUAAAGGAUCACCCGAAACAACAGUCGAUGAUGAUUCCAAAUUUGAAAGUGUCUUCAUGGAUAUUGACUUUGAGGCUGGAAAACGAGAAAAAGAAGAUGAAAAAAUCCCCCAGGAGACCCUGCAUGAUUUUCAGUUCAUUCAAACCGAGAACGAAGGUGAAAUCCAACAAAUCGCUGCCGAUGAAAUGCCCAACCUGUACGACACGAAUGUGGUUCAUUCUACAGCCCAAAAAGAAAAGCCUACCUCAACAAGGAAAAACGAUGACAGUGGAAGUGGGAAGAAGGAUCGCAAGAAGCUGCUCCUCCAAAUCCAAAAGGACAAAAACGAAUUAAUGUCUUCGUUCAAUGAGCUUUUCUCUAACGUUUCCGUCGAAAAGAAAGAACGCAAUCAUGUGGAUCUGUUUUUUGACAGUGUGAGCUCGAGUGUUAAAGCACUGACGCCGAAGCUUGUUGCCGAGGCCAAGAUGAGGGUUUCCCAGUUGGUUUGUGAGUUGGAGCUGCGUGCUAUUACAGAGAACGAGUCAAUGAAUGCAUCUGGUGGACCAUCUUCGACAGUGUUGUUGGCUGUGCCGCCUGGCAAUGCAUACAUAAUCAACCAAAAUCAAGUUGGAUCCAGUCAGAAUGAUCAUUCUUACGAAACGACGGGCUGAAAAAAACCCUUCGAAUUUAAAUAGUUUUUAAAAAGAAAUUUAAAUUUUAUCAGUGUAGACCUAGACAGUCGAUUCUUUAAACAAAAAAAUAGAUAAACUUAAAAAAAAACAAACAAUUUAUUAAAUUUCAUUGAGAGAUAAGUUGA